CGGUCUUCUCAGACUGAAUGUGAUCGUCUCACCAGCCAGGAUGACUGGAGGACUUAGGAUUGCAUAGGCUGCAGUGUUGGGAUAGAGUGUGUGUUUGUGUGUGUGUGAGUGUGUGUGUGUGUGUGCAUGUGUCUGGGCGGACUCUCGCUGUAAUGGUGCCCCAUGUGUGACUGUGCUGACCGCGACAGCCAUCCUGUCCACAGCGGAGACUUUCUCAGCAUGCAGAUGGUGUGAGCAGUCAGGGGAAAAGUUUGUAACAGCUCCUCUGAGCCUCAGCUAACUCAAUCCACUCUGCACACACUGAGUUAGUUCAAGAGAGAAGCAGCAGCAGCAGCAGCCGCAGCCGCAGCAGAAGCAGCAGCAGCAGCAGCAGCAGCUGAGCUGGUGUGCAACUUGAGCUCGUCUCAGCACAGGAUUUCUGUUGAUGUUGAAUGACUACCUGUCACUGGAUUGAAUACAAUAGUUGUGCAUUGCUACACGUCAGAGCUGUGAGAUUCAACAAGGCUGUUUAUUUGAAAGGUUAGAGUUGCUGUAAUGGACGACCAGUGUGUGUCCCACGGCAGUCCCCAGCGCAAUGGAGUUCAGCCCAGCACAGAGAUCCAGAGGCAGGGACGGUUGAGUGUCAUCAGGUGUGGGUGGCUCAGGAAGCAAGGAGGUUUUGUCAAGACUUGGCACAGUCGCUGGUUUGUUCUGCGAGGGGACCAGCUCUACUAUUACAAAGACGAGGAGGAGACCAAAGCUCUGGGAACCAUUUUCUUACCUGGAAACAAAGUUACAGAGCAUGCAACCAGCGGCGAUGAUGGGGGGAAAUUUCUCUUCGAAGUCAUUCCAGGUAGGAAAAGAUGAAAGCAAUGGAAUCAC